AUGGCCAGACCGAGAGGGAAAAGCUUCACCCAACAAUAUCACCAUCAUCCACAGGAGGAGGAGUUACCCAAUCUCAACGCUCAAGUCGAGUAUAUCAACAACUUGCUGAAAUGGAGCAUUCAGGACCUGGACCACUUGAUUAGCGUUUUACGUCAACGAAUUGCAGCAGAGGAUGCUUACGCAAACGCACUGGACAAAAUUGAACGCCUACCACGCACUCCUUUCUUCAAUGAGCAAACCAUGUACGAGGCUGCUGUGGCUCAAUAUGAGAUCUCGCUUAAUCGGACUGUGGCGGGACGUCGUGAACUCUUGAAGGCUAUGAAACUUCAGUUACAGUCGCUCAACACGUUAAGGGAUUAUCAAGAACAACGACGCAAAAAGAUCAAGAGCAUCAUGGUGGAUAAGAAUGCAAAGUAUAUGGCAGCAAGGACGGGUGAUUUCUCAAAGCGUCAAAGACAAUACCUCAACAAAUGUACCGAGCUUGAUGCUGCUCAGCAUGAUGAACAUCAACAGGCCGAACAACAAGCAUUGCAACAGCAACAACAGGAGGAUAGCGACCAUUCCAGUGGUGGUGGAUCGGAUGUGCCACACAACAAGCGGACCAUGGCAGGAUUCAUGGCUCUCAAAACACAACUUGCCAAUGUCAUGAGCUCAACACAUGAUUAUGGAACGAAGGCAUCGAGGCUUAAGCGUGACAUGUUGGAUGCAGAUCGCGAGUAUCGGAGAAGUGUGGCGGAUUUGGAGCGUCUUCGGAAGAAGCAAGUGGAUACGGCCAAUCAUGCUGUAAAGCAUGUAGAGGUCUUGUUCCUGGAUAAGUCGGAAAUAUGCAAAUCGGCACUUUACAAUAUUCUUACGGUUGAACAAGGAAUACAAGCCAAUGAAUCAUCACUUGUCAAGGCCAUGUUUCAAACAGCCGCUGAGAUGGAUGGGAAGAAGGAUAUGGAAUUUUUCAAGAGGGAAUACUCCAAGCUCAAGUUUGAUACACCCGAGCCGAUCAUGUAUGAUAACCAUUACCAUGGGCGCUUAAAAGAUAUGCAGUUUGGGGUUGCACUGGAUGUAUAUGCCAAGCUUCAUACUACACGCAGGGUGCCUGUUUUGGUGGAACGAUGCAUUCAAGCCAUUGAAGAGAUGGGAGGAUUGGAAAAAGAGGGACUUUACCGAGUAUCUGGGAGACAAAGCAGCAUUGAGCAGCUCAAGCUUGAAUUUGAACGAGACGAGAACAAGGCACAGAUUCAAUCAUUUGACAUAUUCACCAUUGCAUCAGUGCUCAAAAUUUAUCUCCGUGAGCUUGAGGUGCCACUCUUCCCCUUGCAGAUGCGGUUUCGUGCUGAGUAUUCUGCCAAAGAUGAUGCAACCCGAUUACGAGAACUCGAAUCUCGGUUACAACAGCUAUCUGAUCCACAUCGAUAUACGCUAAAAGCCGUCGUCGAGCAUCUAGCAAAAGUCAAUAGCAAGGCGAGGAUGAACAAGAUGAGCAUGCAAAAUUUGGAAGUUAUCUUUACACCGGCUAUUUUUCAUGAUCAUAAUCAAGCUGAAGUUCCUGGUGAAUGGUGCUCUGACAAGGUGUUACCCGAUCUUAUCUUCAAUCAUGAGAGGCUCUUUGCUCGAGUGAAUGACAACAAGGAUGAAAAGACAGCUGUGGAUAAUAACGAUAUGGCUUGGCAACAACAACGGCAACAAUCCAACAUCUCCACCGAUUCGACAAAGCCAUCAACAUCAUUACCAGUGACAGUGGAACGAUCUGAUUCACGAGGAAAGAGGAUACUUGCACGAAAGGAUUCAUUGAAUGCGUUACAAAGACCAUUGCAUCAACGACAAGGGUCAACUCGUACAACGUCUUCUUUAAGGGACACUGAACCCGAUACCCCUGAGCCUUCAUCACCGCCUAUUUCUUCAAGACAUCGGCAUCAACUUUCGAUUAGUGAUUCAUUAGCCAAAAGUUAG